CUCCCAUGUGCUGUCUUCUGUACUGAAGGUAAACUCGGUAUUCAACAUGUGCUAAAUUAGCGAAGAUAUACAACGAAGUAAAUAAAGUUUUACAUCGUGUUCUGUAUUCCUUAUCGUGCAAGAAGCUUCAGAUUAAAGAGUAAGGACAUCAGCAGAAUUAUCUACAUCGUAUUCUCCUUAUAAAAGAAAGACGUUAACGCACAUCAAAGCAAAAUGUCAGGCGUAUUGUUUGAGGAUAUCUUUGACGUGAAAGAUAUCGACCCAGACGGAAAGAAAUUUGACAGAGUGUCCCGGCUGUUUUGUGGUGAAUCCUUCAAGAUGGAUCUAAUCUUGGAUGUUAACACUAUGUUGUAUCCAGUGGAUCUGGGUGACAAAUUUCGCCUUGUGAUUGCCCUUACCUUGAGAGAAGAUGGUGUCCCAGAUGAUGGAGAAUACAACCCACUUGGUUCAGGGCCAAGCAGGGCAGACCAGUUUGAGUAUGUCAUGUACGGAAAAGUCUACCGCAUCGAAGGUGAUGACGGAGGACAAGACUCCUCUCGACUAGCGGCGUAUGUCUCGUUUGGUGGGCUGCUGAUGCGCCUUAAAGGCGAUCCUAACAACUUGCAUGGCUUUGAAGUGGAUUCUCACGUCUACCUCAUGAUGAAAAAGCUUGCAUUCUGAAAGACUCAUCAAUCUGCCAAAGAGUCUUGUACAAAGCAUAUUAUGUUCGGGAUGUUUUGAGCACCAGAAAAUUUGAUAUUUCAGUGUAUGAUUGAAUUGUUUUGAGAAAAAUGAAAUAGUGUGCAUGUGUGUGAGUGGGAAGGGUGGAGUGAGGAAGAAAAGAGAAAAUAAAAGAUGGGUUGGUUAGCAGAUCACAGAAAAGAAAAAAAAGGAUUUUUUAUUGGUGCUUAAUAAACUUGUAAGUUCUCAUUUUUACCAUCAUCAAAGUAAAUUUAAAGCCAGCAAUAAACCAGAUUAAAUUCCUUUUAUGACAUCAAUUAGAAUGUAAAGAAAUGCGUAGAGAUAAAACAAUACAUAUUUUCAACCCAGUUAUGGUAUAAACUCGAUUAAGAAUAGCAUGUGCAACACGUCCUGAGUAACCUUCAUGGUUUGGGGGACAAAAUGUGUAGAAUGGUAAACACUGUGGCAAGGAAAGAAGCCAAGUUUUGAGGACAGUACAUAAAUGUAGCACCAGCUGUACUAACACAGCUUGGCAUGUUACUUCUUGUCUUUGCAUAGUUGCAUGACCUCAUCUUAACCUACCUACUUGCUAUGAAAUAAAAUGGUUUGUACUUCUUGUCCUUGAUUUUCUGACCUAUUUCCGACUUGCCCGUUCUCCAAAGAGACCUGAAGAAGAAGGGACUGUAUGUUCAAAAUUAUAAUGACUUCUUGGUGAGUGGUUAGUGAGCACUUAAUCCCAGCUAGAGAUUGAUAAGCAAAUGCUGCAAGGGGCAUUUAUAAGGGGUGGGGGUGGGGAAGAUUGCUUGCUCCUGUACUAAAAAAGUGCAUGGUGUAUAAGUACAAGCCUUUUGAAGUCCUUUGUACAGGAGUGUUUGGCCUGGAGAGGGUCUGCGUGCUCACAUAUCUGUGUAGAUCUUAGCUGUAUUAACGUUGCAGGUAGAAAGACAGAAAACAUGUCGUAGCAAGUUCACAGUAAAAAAAACUAUUAAUUUAAUGGUGUACUCUUGACAUUUGGCUAUCUACAGUUUAUAAAAUGCUACAAAGUGUUGUUGAUACCAACAUAAUUUGUAAUGCAAAUGUAAUAUAUUGUAUCCUACCCACCUACAGGAGUGGGGAAGGGGUUGGCUGGUAAUACACUCUCCUUAUUCUGCCCAGGUUUUAUUCAGCUUUUCAACCAAGCUGCUAACAAUCACCCACCUUGUCUAUGAAAAGCUUUUGAAACGAAACAGAGCUUCUGCAUUUGCUGUGUGCAGGUAAAAAAGUAGGAUACAUGCAUAGGUAAUUGGUACACAAGAAUUCUCACUAGAGUACUCAUUUCUUAUCUUAUGAGCGUCCAGCCUUAGUUUCAGAAUUUUGGUGUGUCUGAGGAAAGUUGAAAGAAAAAAGAGAAGGGGAAAAAAAGAAAACCCAUAGAAAAUUGACGAAGUAUUGAUUCCAUUAUAAGUUGCAUGAGUGACUGCGAUUAAAAGUGCGCUUGCUUCGGGAGGAGGAGAAUGCACUAUGUUGAUUGAAACUGUCCUGAGACGUGUAUGUUAUGUUGAUAUUUUUUGCAUCUUUUACAUAUUAAAAACAUUGUAUUUUCUGAAAUAAAAUAAAACAGUUCA